AUGAGCUCGACCGACCCGAUGUCGGAAGUAUCCACGGAUCCGCGGGGUGUCGUAUGGCGCGAAGGCAGUCUCGGCGACCGUGCUUCAUCCAAGCUCACACUCGAUGAUGAGCUCUUCGAUAUUCUUUAUGCGUUUGGUGAGUCUGAGAACAUCUUUGGGCAAAAGAAGGAAGAUGAGGAAGAUAACGAGGGGAAGCCGGUUACGAGGCAAGACCUUCUCAAUAAAAUCCGACAGAAGAAGGAAGUUAUCGGGAAGCUCAGAAUGCAACCCUGGAGUAUGGGAAGAAAAAGACGAACCCUCAAAUUGGCACAAAAAUACUUGGAACAGCAUGAAUCGAAAAUAUCCAAGACCCAUCUCUACAAAGAGGAAUUAAGAAAAGCCUUGAAAUUGUUGAAGCGCAGCUUUGACAACUUCAAAACCUACUUGAUACCUUGGGAGGGCAAGAUCAAGCGGAUAGAAAGCCAUUUCGGCUCGGUCGUCUCCUCAUAUUUCACAUUCCUUCGAUGGCUGAUCUUCGUCAAUAUCAUCGUUACGCUUAUUGUUGUUUGCUUCGUUGUUGCGCCUGAGGCGCUAGCUGAUGCUGCUGCUGAUACAUUUCGUAGAAAUAGAACAAUGGGAAGGAAGGAGAUACCGCCAUUGGAAAAAGCGCACGCCGAUAAAUUGGCUGUUGUUUGGCAUUUUGAUGGCUACCUUCGCUACUCGCCUCUUUUCUAUGGGUAUUAUUCAAACGACGAAUACUCGGGUCAAAAAGUCAAAUAUGCUCUGCCGCUCGCCUACUUUAUAGUCACCCUAUUUAUAUUUGGAUAUAGCUUUUUUGCAAUUUUACGGAAAAUGGCACAAAACGCCCGGAUGUCGAAAUUAUCUGGGAGUAAAGCGGAUCAAUACAUUUUUAACUGGCGUGUUUUCACCGGCUGGGACUAUACGAUCGGCAACCAGGAUACUGCUAGUAAUACCGUGAUGGCGGUUGUUAUUAAAUUGAGGGAAUCAAUUGCUGAAUGCCGUGUCGGGGCCCGCAACAAAAUGAAAUGCGUCCAAGUGCUUCUUCGAAUAUUAGCAAAUCUAAUUAUUUUCUCCAUGCUUGGCUUCUCUAUCUAUUGCAUUGUGAAAGCUGUGAACCGGUCAAAGACGAUUCUAGAAGAAGAGGGUGAUCUCUUCACCAAGAACCAGGUGCCUUCCGUCGUUGCCACAAUCACACACGUCUUUCCUAUGAUUUUUGAUUUGGUUGGUAAAAUGGAACGAUAUCAUCCGAGAACGGCAUUGCGCGCUCACCUUGGAAGAGUGCUCAUCCUCUAUUUCGUGAAUUAUGUGACACUGAUCGUAGCGUUAUUUGAGAAGCUUGAUGCGGAGAUCGAGAAGCGGAGUCACCCAAAUCCACAUCCAAGAGGGAAACGGCAAAUGGGAGGGAAUCCAUGGAGUCCAUAUGAGCCAGCUCCACCUCCAUUCGCUAGUAUGCAAUUCAACGAUCGCUCCGAAUUUGAUGCUUAUUUGUACGAAUUGACAACACGACGUCCGGGCCAUACCUCUCGAGCCACCGUCCGAGGAGAUCGACGGACGACUCGAGGUCUCGCCACCACUCCCUUUACCGUCCAACCCCAAUUCGGCCCCGUAAAUAUCCACUCCCCGAAUGUCAUCCGGCACAACGCAUCCAAUUCACGAUCAUUUAUUACCACAAAAGUUGGUCCCAAUCUGCAAGGCCCUCUUUUCACACCACCGCCACGGUCCUUCCCGUUUAUACCAGGAAAAGUCAAACAACAAUACGGCGGCCCGGAUUUCCCAACAACAACUUCACCAAAGCCAAUAUUCAUCGGGCGCGAAACACCCAGCUGGAAAAAACCGGGUGGUGCUGGUGCUGGAUCACCCUUGGACCGAAGAACACCUGGGACAACCACUACCACAACCACCAAAAAACCUACCCCACCGACAAGACCAAAAACCACUGGCACCACCAAGAAGAAGCCGUCGAACAGUGAGAACGAUGAGGAUUCGGCUGAAUUUUUGAGGGGCGUACGUGCUACAACCACAUUACGCCCAAUUACGAUCAAGCCCGAUAAGUCGUCCGAAAAGAUUGAAGAUAUCACCGGGUCAAAUGGAGCGCUGGUCAAGCUGCCGCACAACCCGACGGCACCAGUAGGAAGACCCUUCGCGGCUGAACGGCGAGAUCGCAAGGACGAAGAAAAUCCAGCGGACCAGCUGUGCUGGGAAACAAUGAUUGGACAAGAAAUUGUCAAACUCGUUACCAUGGAUUUGAUCGUCACCAUUCUCUCCAUCCUGUUGAUCGACUUUGUCCGUGGGCUCUGGAUCAAGUAUUGUUCAAGCUGGUGGUGCUGGGAUAUCGAAACCACAUUCCCGGAAUACGGCGAGUUCAAAGUGGCCGAAAAUGUGCUGCACAUCAUCAACAAUCAGGGGAUGAUUUGGCUGGGGUUAUUUUUCGCUCCGUUGCUGCCGUUUCUCAACAACAUCAAGCUGAUCAUCGUGUUGUAUCUGCGUGGCUGGGCUUGUAUGACCUGUAAUGUGCCGGCACGAGAGAUUUUUCGGGCUUCAAGAUCUUCCAAUUUCUAUUUGACGAUCCUUCUCCUAUGGCUAUUAAUGUGUACCCUGCCUGUUGGAUAUGUCAUUGGGAGCCGAAAACCAUCUGCGAAUUGUGGACCAUUUGCUGGGCGCGACGGUUUUUAUACCGUGGUAACCGAGCUGAUCGAACGGAGGGUGGAUGCGACAAUUCUGGCGUAUGCAAAGCAUAUCGCAUCUCCUGGAGUUGUUAUCCCAAUCAUCAUCUUCCUUGUGCUGAUAAUUUAUUUUUUGACAUCCCUGGUCACCGGUUUGAGAGCGGCGAAUACGGAUUUACAACAGCAAUUGAUUCAUGAACGCACUGAAGAGAAGAAGAAGAUCUUUGAACUUGCCGGUGGCGGUGCAAAGAAAAAGCCAGAAGUCAACCGUGAUAAGGACAAGAAAAAGCCGCAACCCCUACAAUACCUCACUGACAUCGAAAAGAAGCGGCGACAACCGUGGCGUCAGUACAACGGGCGCGAACUCGAUGAAUCACUGGUUGUUUCCGAUUCUGAAUCUGACACAGAAGUGGAAGAAAUACCGGAAAGUCCAGAAACCUCGACAAGACCACUACCACCUCCAGCAAUCUCAAAUACAGCCGAGACCCUUGCAGCAAUCCCACAUUAUCAGCCAAGCCUGGGAUCACUUGCCGAGCACAGUAGCGAACACUCACCACCAAAAGAUUCGGAUCCCAUAUCCCGUUCACAUUCCCAUAGCGCUAGUGCCGAGAAAAUGUCCCGACCAAUGAGAGACUCGCCUUCAAAUCGUUCGUUCGACGUUCACAGUAAUGUUGUGGAAAUUGCGACACCGGAAGAGAUUAGAAGCCUUAUCAAGCCAUUGAUGGAGGGUAGAUUGUCGACAACCUCAUCAAUCCUGAAGGGCUUCCCGAAGGACAUCGCUUCACCACCAACCCUCGUCUUUGCUGGAGGCUCUAGACGUUCGAGCAAGCGGUCGUCCUACAUUUCCAUCUAUGAUUUCACUAACGAAGAGACUGGCCUUCCCCUAAUGAUCCAAUCUGGUGGUGGGAAAUUGGCAAGGAGGGAUGAACCGCCAAGAGUUCCGACACAUCGACCCUUGCAGCCGACAUUGGAAGAAGAAACAAAGCGUGAAUCAACCGAAAUCAGCCCGAUGUCACCACCACAAGCCGCUGUCUCCCCGGAUCAAGCUCACUUUAGUCAGCUUCCCCGGAUUGAGGAUGAACCAUCAUCACCAAAGAAAUACGAUCCGAAAAAUACAGCCCCAGAAUUCCUGCCAUGGCCGUCAAUAGAUGAGGUAAAAGAACGGCGCCGCCAACUACAAAUGAGAUCACCACUGCCCAUAUCUCGUCCCUCACAAUCUAGACAAGCCUCGUUGAGCCCGGAAAAAAUCAGAUCUCCAAAGAAAAUGUCUCAAUCAAUGGCGACCCCGGAUAAUGGUGGAGAAUCUCAAGAUGAAAUGCGGAGAUCCGCCUCACCGACUCGACGCUUCCGGAUAUCUGUAAGCCCGACACGGCGAGUGGAAAGCGAUGGGGAGAGCGUCGGAACAUCACGUCGUCGCUACGUAAUAAAACAAGAACGAAUUGUGGAUUCGGCCAGCACAUCCACUGCCACAAUUCCUGCAGCUAGAAGGGGUAGUGAAUUGGAAGAAUCGGGCAGCAUCCACCAAAGUCGCCAAUCUGAAACCCCAACCCGAAAAGCUCCAUUAGCUAAUGAUGAGGACUUCUCUCCAAGAAGCCCCCAUCGU